UAUAAAUGUGUAGCAGCGUCUUUUUUGGACAGACAGACAUCAUGUGGUGUCAGCGAGGUUUCCUGCAGACGGUCAGACGCAUGUCCACCAGCAGACAGGCAGGCGUCCUCUUCGACGUGGACGGCGUCCUGCUCCGCGGCGGCUCUUUAAUUCCCGCCGCUCGGCGAGCUUUCCGGAAGCUUCUGGACCGAAACAACAACUUCCUGUUUCCUGUCGUGUUCGUCACCAACGCAGGAAGCUGUCAGAGACACCACAAGGCCCAGCAGCUGUCUCACCUUCUGGACGUCCAGAUCUCCCCGGAGCAGGUGGUUCUGUCCCACAGUCCUUUGCGGAUGUUAAAGAGUUUCCAUGAUAAGUGUGUACUGGUGUCGGGACAGGGACCGCUGACCGACAUCGCCAACUCUUUGGGUUUUCAGAAGGUGGUGAACGUGGAGCAGCUGAGAGAACAUCACCCCCUGCUGGACAUGGUGGAGCACGGCACCAGACCCAAACCCCCGUCGUCUCCUCUGCAGACGCUUCCUCAAAUAGAAGCGAUCAUCCUAUUCGGAGAGCCAAUCAGAUGGGAGACCAACCUGCAGCUGUUGAUUGACGUGCUGCUGACCAAUGGGAGUCCGGCUGGUGUGCACGCUCCGGCGGCAUUGCAGCUGCCCGUGCUCGCCUGCAACAUCGACCUCAUGUGGAUGGCAGAGGCGCCGUCUCCACGGUUUGGUCACGGGAUGUUCCUGCUGUGUCUGGAGUCGGUCUACAGGAAGCUGACGGGCCGAGAGCUGCAGUACGAGGCGCUGCUGGGGAAGCCGAGCUUGCUGACAUACCGCUACGCCGAGCGCCAGCUCAGACUGCAGAACCACGGCCGCAAGCUCAGCACUGUCUACGCCAUUGGCGACAACCUGAUGACGGAUAUCUACGGAGCUAACCUGUACGAUCGCUACCUGAGUCAGCAGCAUGCUGCCAUGAUGACCACCACCAAGCUCGUUGCCCAGGGAACGGGCAGUCAGGUGACGAUGGCGGUGCCAGAGGAGGAAGAGCUGGUGUCUGCCGCCGCACAGUGCCGCUCCAUCCUGGUGUGCACAGGUGUGUAUAACCCUGGCAACGGUAACACAGCGGUCUCAGAGUCGGUGUUCCAUGGCCACAGAGACCUGGUCUUGGAUCUGGAGCUGGUGGAGCCGCAUCACGUGGUGGAGGAUGUGGAGGAGGCUGUCGACCUGAUGCUGCAGCGGGAGAACCUGACCUCUGACAUCUGACCUGUGACCCAUAUGACCUCUGGCUGCAGCUGAUGUCAGUCAACACACGAUAUGAGUCCUGUAUGAAGCUACGGCUACACCACUUGGAUGGAGUGAGAAAACUAAAUAUGUUCACACAGGAAACACGUUUUUUUUUAAACUUUUUUUUUGUGAUUUUUGAGUUUA